AUGCUCGUCAUAUAUAUUGAAUACAGGGAGGAAAAUGAUGUCAACUAUAAAACUGUGUUUGGUGGCAUCAUCCAGCUGGCAGCAUGCACUGCUCAGGAUAUUGUGCAAGCAAUAACUCAGUUUUACACCAAACAUGGACUGGACUUGCAGAGAAUUGUGAUGCUGACCUCCGAUGGUGCCUCUGUAAUGCUAGGAAAACACAACGGAGUUGCGGCUUUGUUAAAGCGCCAAAUACCACACCUAACUGAACAACAUUGUGUGGCCCAUAGAGAGGACUUGGGCAUUGAUGAUGCCUGGAAAGAUGUGCCAUUGAUGCGAGAUGUGGAAACUCUUCUUAGAACUGUAUAUUCCACUUUCUCUCGGUCCAGCGUGAAGAGGAGCAAAAUGGAGGACCUCACCAAGGUCCUUGAUGAAGAUACAUUGUCAUUCAGGCCUCUGAACGAAGUGCGAUGGCUGUCGCGGCACCAAGCUGUGAAUGCUGUUCUGAGGAACUACACUGUGCUUGAAGAAUUCUGCAAAAGAGAGUUCACUGAUAAUAGAGAUCCAGUGGCAAAGUACUGCUAUAAAAAACUGAGUGAUUCAAAGUUCAAGGUUACUGUCACUGCUCUGGGAGAUGUUUUGGGUGAGCUAGCACAACUCUGCCUCUCUUUACAAAGACGCAACCUGACUGUGAUGGAAGGGCACUGCUUUGCUAGAGCAAAGAUUGAGAAGCUGCGUUCCCAGUACUUGAAGGAAAAGGAUGUACAGUGGAGUGACCGUGUCAAAAAGGCAAUGGAGACCUCAACAGCUGAUGGCAGAAAUACUGGCGAGAUUACUGCUUUUAUUGGUAAGCUCUGUGAUCACAUGGAUGCUCGUUUCCCAGAAAAGGAGUGGUCUGCAUUUGACAUUGAAGCAUUGAGCUCUGACAUCAGUUUUGAUUAUGGAUCAGCAGACAUUGCCACUCUGGCAAAAAAGUAUGAGGCCAUUCUCCACCACCCACAGUCUUUGGAGGCCAUUAACAGCCAAUAUGCUGAGUUCAAGUACAUAAUGAAGCAAAAACUUAAACAGGGGUCAAUCAGCACAUUCUCAGAUAUGGUGACUGCAGCACUGAGAUGUGAGGAGCUCAAGGAGAUCUCACAGCUUGUGGAUAUUUGUGCUACGUUCCAAGCUUCCAGUGCAGAUUGUGAAAGAGGAUUUAGCUUAAUGAAUCAUAUCAAAACAGCAUCUAGAAAUCGUCUUGAAGUGGCACAUUUGGACCAGCUGAUGCGCAUUAAGUCAAGGCAAGAAGCAGAUGGAGCCAUCAACCUGGACAAAGUGUACAACCAUUGGAGAAGUGAGAAGGACAGACGUGAAAAAUAAGGUAAAAUUUAAGUCAGAUUUGGCUAUAUACUAGUGACAAGAUUUUUUUUAUUUAUGGAUAUUAGUCAUUAAAGGUUGUUACCACUAGAUGAUUUAUGGGUAGUAGAAAUGCUAAUAAAAAUGUGUUCUUAGAUAUUAUACAGUUACAGAGUUACAGGAAUUUACCAUGUAACACAAGCUACGGUACAAAUGUCAUUGUGCAAAAUGUGAGUUUUUUUAAUGUGAACAAAAUGUUAUGUCUGAAAGGAAUGUCUCAUUUUUUCCAGAGCAGGACCCUCACCCAGGCCAAAGCAGGACUCUUCCUCCUCCCAUGGCCAAAAAAGGACUCUUCUCAUGACCAAAGCAGGACUCUUCCUCCUCCCAUGGCCAAAAAAGGACUCUUCUCAUGACCAAAGCAGGACUCUUCCUCUUCUCAUGACCAAAGCAGGACUCUUCCUCUUCUCAUGGCCAAAAGCAGGACUCUUCUCAUGGCAAAAACAGGACUCUCACAUAUAAAAUACUGCACAUUUCAUGUUCAAAAUUUUUUGUCUUUUUCAUUUUAAGUGGGCCAAAUCACUUUUAUUAAAAGUAAAUAAAUUGAAAUUGCUGCUGUAAUCUGAUUAUUUUAAUAAGCCACGUAAGUGUUAUGAUUCCAGUUAUUGUACAGGUGUGCUACUGGUGUGUGGUCACAGCGUGCGCAUUUGAUGGUGCUCACAUUGAUCUUCAGUGUGCUCAGGAAGCUUGUGUGUUUGCCCAGACACAUGAAAAAUUAGAAGGAACAUUGGUCACAAGUAUAAAGACUUAAAAAAAAUAUAUAUGUGAAAUACGUCUUUUCCACGGGGAAAAAACAGGUGUACUUGGAGGCAAUCGCUGCUUUUGUGGAGGCAGAUACGGAUAUGCUGAGGAUAAAUCUGUCGAUGCAGCCGUAAAUAUCCGUGAAAGACAUUGAGCUUUAGUUUAUGAUAUGAAUCCAUAUGCCAUAAUAAGGUGUUGGUGUCUCUGCAGGUGUAGGUUACUGCCGGUGUCAGAGACGUGGUGCUUGUCGGAGCUCGACUCCCUCUGGAUCACAAAUGUUGAUCAUCAUCAGUUUGAUUGUUUCUUCAGAAACCACAAAAACUCUCUGAAUGACCCGCUGAUACAUCCACAGAUAACCCUGCAGAUGACCAGCUUCAGUCAUUUCCCCCUCCACAAAAGCAGCUUUAUGACUUGAUUUACUUGAUAACUUUAUUCUCCUAAGUUUACAACUUUAAUAUCUAAAUCUUAAAAAAAAUAAAUAAAAAUACUCUAAUAAUGUUGUCCUGAUACUCUGCUGUAGUUUUGUCAGCUUUCUUAUUUCUAAUGUUUUUGAUUGUUGUAGCAGAGCGGAUCAGUUCGUCUCUAAAUCUAUCAUGUUUGGUUUACAGAUUUUAGUGAGUUUGGAGAUCAUGCGCUCAUACAGCCUGAGCUGACUGUCAGCUGUUUUUGAAUUUCUUGUAUUUUCUUUGAAGACGCGCUGCGUCUCCAAGCGAGUCCAGCCUCUCACCCGAAAUGUGCAGUUGUGCAGCGAGACGCAAAGAAUUCUGGGAUACCAACGGCACGGAAGCGUGCGUAAAUGCACGCUUGAAAAAGGGGCGGGGGCAGUGUGGUUCUGAGACCGAAUUUGAAGCACUCUUAGCAUUUCAUGCCAAAUGGGACACCGUUCGUGCCGCGUGAUGACCCCAUGCACGCUUCAAAUGCGCCGUUCGACGGUGCGGUCUCUGAAAUGAGACACAGGCAGGGUACUUAGGUCCACAUAACGGCACAUAAUGGCAGUGCGCUCAGCUAAGCGCGCUUAAGCGCACUUAUCCCAAUGCAGUCUCUGAAAUGAGACACAGCCUCUGUGUAAGGACCAUAGACUGUAUAUAGGAUGGACAGAGUCUGCCUCCUCGUUGGUUGAAGCCACUUCGAGAACAGCACCCUCUGUUGAUGGGCUGCAGUAUAGGUCAUAAAUCCCGCCUCUGCCAGCAAAGCUUGGAGCUGUGGACAAACUUUAGAAAUUUAUAACACAGAACAUACAUUUUUCUCCCCCCUGCUUGUGAUGUUGACAUAUAGUUAUUGUAAGACUGGUUGGUGCUCAAGUCCUUUUUUUUCUGUGAAGCUCCGUUUUUAAAGGUUAUUAGAGGGUUCAUGUUUUUUAUGAUUGACACCUGAUACAGUCUAUGGGCGUUCAGGGAUUACGUAGCUCACCCGGGGGGAUACGCUGUUUGAGCCGAGCGUCAUCACAGUGACUGUCGGCGACUGCGCGGCCGAAUGCGCGCAUCGCUACUUCGCAGGGCUGGUUUCAGGAAAUGAAGAAAAAUCCCGGAAAUAUCGAGAGAUUUUUGGCUUCAAAUCCGUAUACAGGUGGUAGGCGGAACCAAGUUGUCCAUAGUAUAUACAGUCUAUGGUAAGGAUGCCUAGCCCAGGUUAGGAUCCACACGAAUGAUCACUCUGGCUGGUUUUACUGGUUUCAGAUCCGGGCUCCAGCUUAAGUCCGCCUCAGGUGUAACAAAGACCGGUCUGAGAGGGUUCGGGUUUAUGUAGUGGUUCAGGUUUUUAGACAUUUUUCUACAUCCUGUCUAGAGAGUCCAGAUGGGUCCAGACAAAAAAGUGAACCUGAGUGAUGUCAGACAGGUGUAGAAGUUCCUGGUUCAGGAGGGUUUUAGAGGAAUCUAGAACCAAAAUAUCUAUGGUAUUUGAGUUUCACAGCUCCACCCCCAAACACCCUAAAGGCUUACAUGACAGAAAACACACAGAUAAUACACACAUAACAUUUACACACAACAUCUGUCAGUGACCCUUGACCCUCUGAUCAGCUCUGAGUAGAUGCCACUGUCUGAAAUGUUCUUGUUUUUAGGAUUUAUCAGGUCCUCUCACUCUGAAGUGUUCUUGUUUAAAGGAGUUAUCACAUCCUUUCUGAAGUGUUCUUGUUUUCAGUAGUUAUCAGGUCCUCUGAUUGGUCACUUUGUUCUGUUUCUAUGAUCAUCUGGAGCAGCUGCAGUUUGAUGGACUCUGUCUGUCUUUGGUCUCUGAACAGCGCCCUCUGGUCUCAUGAACUACAUUUAGAAGGUUCUGUUUAUAUAUUUGCACACUGGUUUGGUCAUAAAAGGUCCAGAUUGGCAGGUGAGGCGUUAGGGUUGGAUUCAGAUCGUCCUUUAACCACAAAGCUAUUUAAAAUGGUGUCAGACUCAGAGUUCUGCUCUUCUUCCUGGUCUCAGGUGUGUUAGAAGUGGUCAUCGUUGUCGGGGGUCUGAGCGCCAGUCAUUGUCUGGUCCGUGUGGUCAGGGAGCUCUGCGAUGCAGCCAAACCAGGUGAGAACAUGAAGCUCCUGUCCUCCAAACCAAACCAUCUGAGGACGUCUUCUUCGGGGACACUGAGAGACCAGCUUGGGGUCCACUGUGAGGGCUGGUCUUCAGAGAGUCCCCCUCCUCACUAUUCAAGAUCUUUCUAA